GGCGCCAUUAUUUGAAAUAUAGCUAAAUGAAAUGGAUGGAAUUCACCAAAAAAGCAAACCUUUACUAAGAUUUCCUUCUUUGGAAACAUUGAAAAACCAACUAGUCAACCAGUAUGACUCUUCCAUCAGACAUCAAGUAUUUAGGAUACCAUACCAAGCCGGAAACAGGGAAGAAAUACUUCAUCAAAUAGAAGAGGUCAUUCUGCAUGUUGUGAAGGAUACAAGUUUAGGAACAUCACCUUUGCUGACAUACCCUUGUACUUCAGAUUGGAGCGAUAUUAGCUUUGACUGCAAUUCUGGUCUAGCAUUGAGAAGGAAUCAACGAAUGACAUCUGUGCGUUUUGAAUCCUUACAGUCAGUGAAAAAGUUUGGGCUGAUGUUGAAAGUCUUGUCUAUCAUGUACAGACUGGUUAAGACUAAUCAUUUCUGCACUAAAAGGGACAUUUACUAUCAAGACCCGAGUCUGUUUGGCAGCCAGCACAUGCUUGAUGGUAUUGUGGACAACAUCUCAUGCAUGCUUGAAAUUCCUAGGUGGCAACUCCAUGUGCUGGCCACAUCAAAAGGUUGUAUAGCAGGUGAUCUCAUGUUUCAAGAUGUAGACAAUAAUUUCAUUGAUUGCAGCCAAACGCAGAUGGGAAUACAGGUCCCUAAUCAUGUGAAAGGUUUGCAUAAUAUUGUCACAAAUGCAAGUUUUAUACUGGUGGUUGAGAAGGAUGCAACCUUUCAGAAAUUGCUGCAGAACAAAGUGUGUGAAAAACUUAACCCAUGUAUUAUCAUCACAGGAAAAGGUUUCCCAGACAUGAACACACGAAUGCUGCUGAAGAUACUGUGGGACAACUUUUCUAUACCAAUACUUGUUUUAGUUGAUGCUGAUCCUCAUGGAAUAGAAAUCAUGACUGUUUACAAGUUUGGUUCAAAGGCUUUAUCAUUUGAGAGCGAACAUUUAGCUGUACCAUGUAUUAAAUGGCUCGGUAUACUUCCAUCAGAUAUAUCAAGACUUGGUGUACCAGAAAAAUCACUGAUAGCACUCAGUAAGGCUGACAAGGUAAAAGGUGAAGAAAUACUGUCCAGACCAUAUAUAUCCCAAUAUCCUCAGUGGAAAACAGAGAUUGAACAGAUGUUAGAGAGUGGAAAGAAAGCCGAGAUACAAGCCUUGGACAGUAUAUCAGACAACUUUCUCACCGAUGUAUAUCUACCCAGUAAGAUCAGAUGUUCAGGCUGGCUAUAAACUUAUCAGAUCUGCAUUGACAUUUGUGUAAAUGUUAAUAUCCAUUAAAUAUGCAAAAUGUA